ACUCCUUCUCUUUUCGUCCUCUGCGCCCGUCCUCUCCAUGGCCCCCUCGAUUCUGCAGAACGGCGGCUUCGCGCUGGGCCUGGUGGGGUCCGCUCUCCUGAUCGCGGCCACGGCGAUGAACAGAUGGAGCGUGAAGGAUCGACAGGGAGACCUCCUGACCUCCGUCUACACGUACAGGGGGCUGUGGCAGGACUGCGAGACCACCACGGCGGGCAUGACCGAGUGCAGGCCUCUCUACGGGCUCCUGGGCUUCUCAGACUCGUUCCAGGCGGUGCGUGCCCUGAUGAUCGUCGGGGUGGUGUUGAGCACGAUAGGAACGGUGCUGUCCGUCAUCUCUCUGCAGUGUCUCACCAUGAACAAGAUGGAGGACAGCUCUAAGGCCAAGAUGAGCCUCACAGCCGGCAUCAUGUUCAUCAUCGCUGGUAUCUGUGGCAUUGCUGGAGCGUCUGUCUACGCAAACCAGAUCGUGUCCAGUUUCCAAAGUUCAGUCACCACCAACUACAACAACAACUACAACAACAACUACAACAACUUUGGACAGGAAGGAUUUGGAGGAGGGAUGGGCAUGGCGGCCGGGGUACCAACUUACACGUUUGGCCCCGCCCUCUUCGUGGCGUGGAUCGGGGGAGGGGUCCUGCUGAUCGGAGGAGUUCUCAAGUCUUUGGCCUUCAGGGGGAUGAUGAAAGAUGAGAAACCAAGGUGA